AUGCAGAACUUAGAUGAAGCAUCAAAGCGAACAGCAAGGUCGAGGACGCCGACUGCGUGUAUACAGUGUCAAAAGAGAAAGCAAAAAUGUAGUAGGGAACAACCGUGUAGGCAUUGUUUGAGGAGAUUUCCUGAAGUGGAAUGUAUCUAUAGCUUUGAAGGAAAGCAUAGUAUGGUGCCACCGUCCCCAAAUAGGUUAUCUGUACCCGAUGACACCCCUGCGUCUUUCUAUGCAGAUCAAGAAACCUUGGCGGGUCGACUUUCUUCCAUUCCUUCCUCACAAAACUACUCGAGCACAGUAUUGAACGAAGCACAUCAUCAAGUAUCUGAACAAAAUUCACGAGAAGAGAAUAUGAGCUAUAUGCCCACGUUCGAUAUCACGAACUCGGAUCCAUUCAGGUACAAUCAUCCUUACCAGGAAGCUUUGAGCACUGCAAUACCUGCCUCUGUAAUUGGAUCAUACGGCGAGCAAGAAAUGGACCCAAAUGAAUUGGAUUUCCGACCUGUACCACAAGUUCCGACAAAUACACCAGACCAAAUUCCAUUCUACGAUUAUAUGAAUGGUCCGCAUAUAGAGACAGAAAGCUGGAACCAUUCUUCCAAUUUGAGUACAAAUUCAGGAAUGGUCGAUUUACAGAAUAUCGAUCAAUCAUAUUUCAUUCCACUUCCAACGCAGACCACAAGUUCUCAGCCAUUUGAUAUCAAUGGGUCUCCUGCGUUUCACCAAGGGUUUGGGAAUAAUGAAAUGACAAAUUUGACCAAUCCGCCGGAUACUUCGUUCUCGCCUGGAACGCCAGAUCGUCAAAAUCCAGAUUAUGGAGCAACGGAUGGAUAUUCGGGAUCGUACUACUAG